GAUAUAUUUGUGAAAUCCUCAUGACAAUAACCAACCAUAAACAAACCCAAUCAUACAACUACAUCGUUCUUUCUGCAUCAACCGGCGGGAGCCAGACAAACAAACCCCGCUGGCCAACCAAUUGGAUACAUUGCGGGUGAAGCCGGCGCGAUGCGAGUUCACGAAAACCAUCACCCGCGUGAAACAGCGGCGGUUUUAUCAGUUCGAAGCGUCGGCUAUUUAAAUCCAUACACAUAACACACUCACCCAUUCGACAGUCAGUUUUUCGUAUUCCAUUCAACAAGUAUUCCAGCUUCAUACAAUUUUGCCGCAAGUGCCGUCAGCUGAUUUGCAAGUGAUGAUGUCGUCGCUCAAGAAGAUCACACCCAUGUUGAACGACUAUCUGUACGAUGCCAUACGGCGGGUCGCUAUCGAACAUGGUUUCACACCGGAGCAAUUUUCGGUGGACUUUGGCAAGGACAUCGCCAUCGAGUGCGAUAGAUUCAUGUAUUUCAUAUUCAAAGCUAUCGUGAAUGAAGACGAUCGCGAGUUUGUGAUGUGGUGCAAAGUGCCUCCGAAUGAUGACCAGCGAUCGUUGGCUCUGUUCAAGCGGGAGGUGUUUUUCUAUCGGGAGAUUCUGCCGGAUUUCUACGAGUUUCAAACGGAGAAAGGCGUUUCCCGUGAAAGCGGAGCAGGGUUUUAUGGUGUACCAAAAUGUUAUCUGGCUCAUUGUGAUACGGAAAAUGACGAACCGGAGGCUGCUAUAAUUUUGGAGUACGACGAAAACUACGAAAAAUGGGGCUGGGAUAAAGCGAAACCGAUCGAUUUGGACCACGCUAAGGUGUUGAUGGAGCAGCUGGGUCGGUUUCAUGCCGUUUCUUUCGCAAUGAAAUCCCAAAAGCCAGAAUUUUUUGAGAAGUUCACUUUGAGAGAUGCCCUCGUUAGAAAUGAUGAUUUGAUAACGAUGAUGAAGGAAUCUUUUGACCGAGCGUUGAUUUUUAUGAGACCACAAUUUCCGGCAGAAUACGAUACGAGUCAGCGGAUAAAGGAGGACGUUUUCCGGGAGCUGACGGUCGAUUCAGAAACCAAAGAUCCUUAUUGUGUUGUCAGCCAUGGCGAUUUUUGGAUCAUUAAUUUUAUUUACAAGCAUGGUAAGAACAACGCAGCCACAAAUGUCAUCAUCACCGACUGGCAAUCCUCCCGGUACGCAAGCCCUCUCCUGGACCUAGGCUACUUUUUCUUCAUCUGUGUCGGAGCGCAGUUCCGCAAAGACCACUUGGACAACAUGCUGCAGCACUAUCACAACGCACUUAAGAUCCUGCUGGACCGCUUGGGAGGUAACACUGCCGUGCAGUUUCCCUUCGCCGACUUGCUGCGGAUAGUGCAACCCUACCGGCAGUUGUUGAAGGAUGAAUAGCUAUGUGUUGAAAAAAUUAGGCGCAAUCGCAGAGAGAAAUGUUCGGUCCAAUAAAUCAUCGGAACAGAAAGUCGAUCGUUGGUAUCAGUUAUUUGCUUUUUAUCAAGGGGUAUAGAAAUAGGGCUGUCCUUUUCUCCAUUGCCAACAGUGUUUGACUGUGGAUUGACGCCGUGGACAUAAUGAACCGAUUCGAAUGUCAUCCACGCGGAGUGCAUCGGACGUGACGAAUAAAUACCUUCUCCCAUAACCGCCCUUUUUCCUAUUUCGGCAACGUAACUAACAGGUCAUAGCAAACCGUUGUUUGCGAAUGCGGACAGCAAAUUGCAGACUCGGAGCUCACAAAUGACGAUCCUGUCAGAAGCUAAGAA